UCAAUGUCUCUCUCUCUCUCUCUCUCUCUCUCAGUCUCUGUCUCUGCCUCCAAAAUUUCCCUCUCUGUUUUGAGCAGUUAAGCUGCCUCAUCAUCAAUCUCACUCACCCGAAACCCAUAAACAAUCAUUAUUAACCUUUUCUUGUUUUCAUCAAAACCCCAUUUCUCUAAUUCUUCCUCACCUGACAGACACCUUUUUGAUUCUUUUCUCCAAAUCUUUUUACAGCUCUGUUCCUGCUUUUAUCUCAAUGUGUGACGGUUUUGUACUUUGAUUUGUAGAGCAAAAAAAGAUGCCAUUUUCUAGGAAUGUAUACGGUAUGAGCCAAACCGAUGUGUAUAGAAAUGUCGAUCGUGAAGACCCCAAAGCAAUUCUCAAUGGUGUUGCAAUUACUGGACUUGUUGGGAUCUUGCGUCAGCUUGGUAAUCUUGCUGAGUUUGCUGCAGAGAUAUUUCAUGGGAUACAGGAGGAAGUUAUGGCUACAGCUUCAAGAAGCAAUCAAUUAAAGAUCAGAUUGCAGCAUAUUGAAGCUACAGUGCCUCCACUAGAAAAGGCGAUGCUUGCACAGACAACUCAUAUACAUUUUGCUUACACAGGAGGUCUGGAAUGGCAUCCUCGUAUCCCAAUUACGCAAAAUCACUUAAUUUACGACGACUUGCCUCACAUGAUUAUGGAUUCCUAUGAAGAGUGCAAGGAUCCUCCACGAUUGCACUGGCUUGAUAAAUUUGAUAUAAAUGGUCCUGGAUCUUGCUUGAAGCGAUACUCCGAUCCUACUUAUUUCAGAAGAGCAUCAAGCAACCUGAUUCAAGGAAACAAGAAGUUACAAAAAGAUAAGAAGCAUUGUAAACUUAAGAAAAAAUCUUCAUCAAGGAGUCGAGAUAUGUCACGUUUGGCUUCCAUUGCUAACCAGAAUGCCAGGAAGACAUUUACUUCAUUUAGCUUCAGUGGACAAACCUCUUCUUCUAAAACCACCUCAACCAGUGACAUGGAAAAAAGAUCUGAUUUUCAAGAUCAUCAUUCUCGCUCUUUUGAGUCCAGAACUGGUUCUGGCUACAUUGAAUGCCUUUCAACCGCAACCUCUUCAUUGAAGACUGGAGAAAGAUCUAAAGGGGUAUUUGUUUCAUCCAGCUUGACACCGAGGUCUUGCACUAUCGCGUCAGUUAUUUCUGAAUGUGAAACCGAAGAUGCAUAUGAUAAUUCCCUGUUUAGUCCUUCGCAAGGGCAAGCUGCUCAUGGCUCUUCUUGCGUUAGUUGGGAUGAGAAAGCGGAGAUAUUGGAAUCUCUUGGUUUGCAGACAGAUGAAGUUUCUGAAAAGAUGGAGACGAGCUCUGUUGUGGAUGCACUAGAAGAAAAAACAAGCUGCAGAGAAGGGACUGGUAGAGUAGAUUUCCAUUCUAAGGACCUUGGAAAUGAUAAAUCAGAAUCAGGACUACAAAAUCGUACUAGAAUGGAUGAGGUAAGAGAGAUAAAAACUGGUCAGGUUGUUGUGGGGGAACUGAGGGAUACUGAACAUGAGACUGAAAGCGAAGGGGACUGUUUUGUUGAUGCGCUUAAUACUAUCGAAUCCGAACCUGAAAAUGAUCUAAGGCUCCACACUAGGCAAGAAGUAGUGCGCAGUUCCUGUGGUGUUGUAGAUGAGAGGUUGGAAAAGUCAGUGUGUGAGCAAGAAAUAGAACAUACUUCAAACAGUGUUAAAGAUUUUUGUAGAACAGAUGGGUUUGUGGACUACGGUUUUAAAAAUGAGGAGAAUGCAUCAUUGGAAAAUGCAUCUGAUAAAACGAAUCGCCAAGACCCACAGGUGUGGUCAGAUAUCAACCGCUUCCAACAAAAUGAUCUUUGUGCAAAGAAGGAUAAUAAGCGUAACAAUUCUGGUGGAGAAGAUAGCAUCACAUUUACAUAUGUGCCAGGUCUCGAGAACAGCUUAGCUGGUUCAUCAAACCCCUUGAUUCAUCAUGGCUUACAGGAAAACCAAGAAUCAGAAGCUGAAACUUCUAGUGAUAUCGAAGCCAUUAGAAUAUGGACUAAUGGGGGUUUAUUGGGACUGAAGCCAUCGAAACCUCCAGUCUUGGCUGUGUCAAGUUCUUUCAGUCCAGAUUGCAAUACCAAGGAAGCUGAAAAAGAUAAAUCAGACGAUCUAGUUGAAAAUGCUUCAGAUAGAAAUGUUCUGAAUAAAUCAAGCUUAGCAACGCCAGGAACCCAAGAUCAAAAUUGUUCAGAUGGCGAAGGCACGAGUGUUGUAGACCAAAGAGAGUGCGAUGAGAUUUUUUACGGAGUUUUUGGACUCAGCCACAAGUUACUCACCAAUAGUUUCCGCAGAAAAGAUUCAUUUGCCCUUGAUAGAAAGACUGUGGCAGCAACGAUUCCAGAGAAUGAUGAAGUGAAUACAGAGAAGAUGAGGUUUUGUGACCAAGACUUUAAUGAGAAAACCUUAAUGGAUCCGUUCAGAGAUGAAGCUCCUAUUGAUUGGAGUACUUCGUCCCCGCCUCUUCAACACAUGAAAAUAUCUCUCAGUCCCGCUGACACCCUUCAGGCUUCCAGACUGAAGCUGAAAUUUUCAGAUGGGGACAGCAACUAUAAUACAUUCUCUUCGUUUCAGUUGCUUCCAGAGGCUGCUACUUUCCUUCCUGAUUCUUAUUCAGACGAUGACACGUUUUGUAGAUCCUCUCCUUACAUGUCAGAUAGCGAUGAUUAUCGUAGCGAUAAUCACUCCGUAUCGAAUUCUGAGCAGUGGGAAGAAUCUAGUGACAGCCAUGAAAGGAAAGAGCAAGAGCUAUAUGAUUCUUUCCAUGAGAUGAGGCAUGUUGACAACAAUGCUGAAGUUUCUCCUCUAGAGAUGAUAUCAGAAAGUGGUACUAAUGCCCUAAACCUAUCAUACCUCCAAAAUCCUGCUGAGCCCUUACCACCGCCAUUUCCACCUGUGCAAUGGAUGGUUUCAAAGACACCUUCAGAGAAAACUGAAGAUAAAACACAGUCCCUACAAUUACAAGACGUUCUAAGGUUCGCCUUUGAGAAGCAUAUUUCGUUGCCUACAGUCAACAAAGAACAGCCUAGCAUGGUGACAUCUGCUCCUAAACCAGAAAUUAAGGUCCAUCUGAAGAAUAAUGUCAGGGAGGGGAAACAAAGUGAAAACGCAAAGGAGACCGAAACUGGGGACUUCUUGCAACAAAUCAGAACACAGCAAUUCAACCUGAGACCAGUGGUCAUGACAACGACGUCAUCCGCGCCCACAACAACUGAGCCUAUCAUAAACACUAAGAUCAGCGCGAUUUUGGAGAAAGCAAACUCAAUACGCCAGGCUGUAGCUAGCAAAGAUGGAGAUGAAAGCGAUACAUGGAGCGAUACCUAAAAAAAAACACCUUUUGAUCAAAGAUUCCAGUUCAUCUUUGUAAUCUAAUCUCUUAACGACAUAGAAUACGGAAAAGGGUUUUAAGCUAGUCCUGCAUGCAUUUUUUUCAUUGUAUCAUAUCUAAUGUGUGGUGUGUACAUGAUACGUAAAUUUUGUCGUGUGUGAUCUACUGAUCUUGUAUCUUGAAAAGAAUAAAGUAGUUCAAGGAAUAAAAACUAGAGUAAAGGCUAUUUUUCUCAUC